AUGAGAAGUCACACAUAUAAUGAUACUUUGGGCUCGGCCAGUAUCAUGGCCCGAAUCCUCAACGGAAAAGCUCUGGCAGCUGAAAUCCAAAGAGAGCUUAAAGAUAAUAUUGCCAAUUGGAUGAGCCUUGGUCACAGGGCACCUAGCAUCCGUUGCAUCUUAGUUGGUGACGAUCCUGCAAGCCACACUUACGUCAACAAGAAAAUCACAGCUGCUAGAAAUGUUGGAAUUGAUGCGGAAGUAAUACGUCAUGAUGUUACAAUUUCUGAAGAAAUGUUGAUAGCUGAAAUAGAACAGCUGAACCGUGACAGUGAUGUGGAUGGCAUUCUAGUACAAUUGCCAAUACCUGAAAACAUGUCUGAGAGGAAAGUGUGUUGUGCAGUUGCUCCUGAGAAAGAUGUUGAUGGAUUCCAUGUGACCAAUAUUGGAAAGUUGUGUGUAGACAUGUCAACACUUGUUCCUGCAACUGCUCUAGCUGUUAUUGAAAUGCUAAGGAGGUUUAAUAUUGAGACUUUGGGACGUAAUGCAGUGGUUGUUGGCCGGUCGAAGAAUGUAGGCAUGCCUAUUGCCAUGAUGUUACAUAGUGACAAUAAGCACGAGAACAGACUAGGAAUGGAUGCAACCGUAACUAUUUGUCAUCGUUAUACUCCUAAAGAGCAAUUGGCAUUCUUUUGUCAGAAUGCUGACAUCAUUGUCUCAGCAACAGGAGUGCCAAACCUGAUCAAAGCUGAUAUGGUAAAGCCUGGUGCGACUGUCAUCGAUGUUGGUAUUACAAGGGUUACUGACGCCAAUGGAAAAUCUAGGCUAGUUGGAGAUGUCGACUAUGACGGUGUGAGUACAGUUGCUGGAGCAAUUACACCUGUCCCUGGUGGAGUUGGUCCCAUGACAGUUGCUAUGCUUAUGCAAAAUACUUUCCAAGCAGCCAGAAGCCUACGAGACAAAUCUUUGAAAUGA